CAAUUAAUAAUUUUUCAUUAAUUAAAUUGUUUAAAAUAAAAAAAAUUUCAUUGCAUUUCGCAAAGAGCUCAAACCAAGACAUUUCUGUUUUGACAAAUGCAUAAUUUUAGGAUUACACAUAGGUUAUCCGCACAUGCGCAUUAAACAAAGCUUGCACCUGCGCAUUAAACAAAGCUUGAGCAGAGACCAUGCGGCAUCAAACUGGAUCGAACUGGACCUGUUCCUCCGCCGGAGAGAGACUGAUAGACUCAUUCGGAAUAUAUUCUGGAUCUCUAGACAUGGCGAGCAUCACACGACUCCUGGUGAUUUUAGAAGAGGACAGUCGCAUCAAGCUGGAACUUCCGAAUGGCAUCCCUGGCUCCGUUGAUGAAGUAAUCCAAGAAAUAAAGAAUAUUAGUGGUGUAACUAAUGAAAUACGGCUUCAGUACUACGAUGCUGACUUUAGCACUUGGGUUAACUUAACCAAAACUUCAGAACUCAAGGAUCUUGCCACUUUGAAGGUUGUUGAACCCCCCCCUGUGACAUUAUCCUUGGAGCCAGUUGACCUCUCUGUGAAUAAGGUCAAUGUUCACAGCCAAGAUGAUGCAAGUUUCUCUUCAUCUGCAUGCUCAGAUGAUACAUUAGUUGUAAGCGACGUUUCCUCGGACACCUUCAGAAAGGAGCAAUGGCCCAAGGUGUUCAACAUCCCUACUUUCUCACUUUCCACUGAAUCUCAGCUUAAGGCUGGAAAUGCUGAGUAUCAGAGAAACCAGGUUAGACUGACUCCCAGCUCUAAAAUGAUUUCCGACAUACUUGAAAGACUUGCUAACAAAGUCUAUUCGUACAAAUCCUAUCCUAGUGAUGCAGAUUUGAGUGAAGUGGCAGAGGCGCUCACACAGACACACCCCUGUCUGAAAGAACCAGGGUCCUUCAACCACAGUUACGGAUGGAAACAGAGGCUCAAGACGAAGAUGUAUAACUAUCGCACAUACCUGAAAUCACAUAGUUCGUCAUCUGACGAGCUGACUGUGAAUUCUGUCAAAAGAAAAUCCCCCACUGACGCCCACCCAGCAAAGAACAUAAAAAAACCCAGGAGAGCUGAGUCUAACCAUUACCCAUCUCUACCUCAUGGUGAGACCUCUGAGUCCAUGGAGCAAGAGAGAAUAGCCCUUUUGACUGAAGUAAAGAAAAGGAACAAUGGCAAAACGCUUAGGAAGAAGAUGGCUCAGACGUUCGCAUUUCGGAGGCAAGAAAUCGUCAACAAGAAAGCACCUUUGCAGGAUAUUAUUGAGAGAUGGCCAGCACUCUUCGAAGUCCAAGAGAUAAAUGCAGAGUUCCACAGAGUAACCACAAUGCCCCUUGAGGCAAGAUUCAUGGAGAAACUUGACGAGAAGUGCAUGGAACUGAUUCAGGUGGUCCGAAAGAGGGGUGGAGCAACUCGGGAGAAGACAAAGCUCCUGCCAGUUGUAGAAACGGAUACUGAUAUCGAGACAAGGCGGGAAAUCGCUCUCAAAUGUCUCAUCAUCAACAUGAGAGAAUCAGUGGAUGAUCUGAUCCAAGAAUUCCUGGUGUCUGAGAAGGAAGAGGCUGAACACAUGCUUCAGGGGGCAACCAUGGCCAUCUUCGUCAUCAGAGAUGCACAAGCUGCACCCAAAGACAUUGGCAUUAUACUUGAGGGACAAGAGGUUGUGAACGAGUUGCCGUCUGUCGCAAAUGCUGUCGCCAUUCUCCUGGGGCUCCUUUAUGUUCUCAAUAUGGAAUAUCCUAAGACAUUGAAACAGACAUUUGAAUAUAUCCAGAAAGUUCUCAUGGAGCUGGACCCGAAAGGCAUGACUACCAAGGUCAAGAAGCUCUAUGACCAGCUAUACAAUAGAGCUUAGCUGCAUCGUAACAGCAAGUGAAGUAGCAUUAUUCAGUAGAUUUAAUGUUUGCUUUUGCAGCUGACUAGCUGGCAUACAUAUGUGGUCUGACUGAUUUGCUAACUGACUGACUUGAGACUUGACUGACUGACCUAAGACAUGGCUGACUUACUGACUGAGCUCAAUGUGAACUGCAUUUGAGGAGGAUUUACAUUUCAGCCAUCCAUCCCACUGUUAAUCUCUUGAGAUUGUUCACUGUUAAAUCAGGAGGCUUUUACAUUUCAACCAGGUUUGGCAUCCCACUGUUGUCUUGGAAUUGUACACUGUUCGGUUAAAUUAGGAGGCUUUUACAUUUCAGCAAGGUUUGGCAUUUGAACAUUAAUAUCUUGGAACACUGUUAAUUUAAAUCAGGGCUCUGAUUUCUUGGUUUCAUUCCGUGCUUUUUUUUUUAAAGUGUUAAAUUAGAACCAUGCUGUAAAAUGUCAUGAUUUAUAAUUUUUAUAAAUUAGUUAUUAAUUGA